CUCCCCUGCAUGUAUUUAUGAAGUUCAGCAGCCGUAUGAGAAAUUAGCCUCUGUAUUCACCGGGGUCCUCCCACCCCUCUGUCUUGUUCUCUAAUCCGCCCACAUGUAUCGUCUGAGGAAAAAAAUAGUGCAGAAGGUGACGCUCCUCCAAAGGAACAGAGAGAGAGGAGGCACAGGGAGGGAAAAAGGCAAAGAGAGAGGUGUCUACAGGCUGCAUCUCCACCGAAACAUUUGGAAACAAGGGGGAGACAGAGGAAGGAGCUGAAUGGUAGCUACACCCUGCGCCUGGAAGCGUAGAGACACUGUAACAAAGGCUGGCAAUUCUGUUUUUUUUUUCCUCCUGUUUUUUGGGCAAUAACAAAGAGGUGGGAGAGGGGUUUGUGAAAUCGAGGGAAAUAGCAAAGAAAGAGGCAGUUUUCAGGGGGACUUCUGCUUCAUUUCAUCCGAAAAGACUCAUCCCUUUUGCCAUCAUCAGCAUGACCAUAAGCUAUAAGUAACAUUCGGCAAUAACGCUAUCCAAAACGAGAUUUCCUGCAAGUAGACGCGCGCAAUCUUUAUUUUGAUUUAUUUUACCAAAAAAAGAGAGAAAAAGAAAAACAAAUCGGAGGGAGAAAGCAAAACAAAAAGAUCAUCUGAAUGCCUGCGAGAAACUGGAUACUCUGAAAUCAUAAGAAAGAGCGAUCUAACAAAGAAAACUACCUUUUGAUUGAUCUUUUAAAGCUUGAUGUGCGUGUUUCUGCGCGCACUCGAAACGAACCUGAACCAAAAGCAAACUCCUCAGACUCCUCCCUCCUCCUCCACCUCCUCCCUUCGGUUUCUCUCAUCCUCCCUCCCCCCGGUCCUCUAUGCUCAGUUCGGUGUGUGUAUCCUCUUUCAAAGGGCGCAAGGGUGGGAACAAGUCGUCCAACAAAGCAUGUUACAGCGCAGACAUGACUUGUCCGUCGGAAAGCGAGAAAAUCGUGAUAAACUGCGGGGGGGUGCGGCAUGAGACCUACCGGAGCACCCUAAAAACGUUGCCCGGUACCCGCUUGUCGUGGCUCACCGAGCCGGACGCGUUCAGCAACUUCGACUACGACCCCAAAUUAGACGAGUUCUUCUUCGACCGCCACCCGUCGGUGUUUUCCUUCAUCCUCAACUAUUACCGCACCGGGAAGUUGCACUGUCCCAACGACGUGUGCGGCCCCCUGUUCGAAGAGGAGCUGGCCUUCUGGGGCAUCGAUGAGACGGACGUGGAGGCGUGUUGCUGGAUGAAUUACCGGCAGCAUCGGGAUGCGGAGGAGGCGCUGGACAGCUUCGAGACUCCGGAGCCGGACGCGCCGGACGACGACCCGGCGCUGGGCGGCGCGGACGGGGACUUGAAAAGACUGUGCAUGCAGGAGGACGCCAGGAAAUCGGGCUGGUGGAAAACCUGGCAACCCAAAAUAUGGGCACUCUUCGAAGACCCCUAUUCCUCCAAGUACGCUCGGUAUGUGGCAUUCGGCUCUCUAUUCUUCAUCCUCAUCUCCAUCUCCACUUUCUGCAUGGAGACGCACGAGGCCUUCAACACCAUCCUCAACAAGACAGAGAACGUCACGGUGGGCAACCUGACCCGCGAGGAGAUCGUAUACGAGGUGGUGACCGACAGCUGGUUGACGUAUGUGGAGGGCGUCUGCGUCAUCUGGUUCACCAUCGAGGUCUUGUUGCGAGUCACCUUCUGCCCAGACAAGCUUGAAUUCUUCAAAAGUACCCUCAACAUCAUCGACUUUGUCGCCAUCCUGCCCUUCUACCUGGAGGUUGGCCUGAGCGGUCUGUCCUCCAAAGCUGCCAAGGAUGUCCUGGGGUUCCUCCGUGUUGUCCGAUUCGUCCGUAUCCUCCGAAUCUUCAAGCUCACUCGCCACUUCGUGGGUCUCCGUGUCCUCGGCCACACCCUUCGCGCCAGCACCAACGAAUUCCUCCUGCUCAUCAUCUUCUUAGCUCUCGGCGUCCUCAUCUUCGCCACUAUGAUCUAUUAUGCUGAACGAAUUGGCGCAGACCCAGAUGACCCGACUGCCAGCGCCCACACCAACUUCAAGAACAUCCCCAGGUUUUGGUGGGCCGUGGUGACCAUGACCACGCUGGGUUACGGAGACAUGUACCCGGAGACGUGGUCAGGGAUGCUGGUGGGUGCGCUGUGUGCCUUGGCUGGUGUGCUAACCAUUGCUAUGCCUGUACCUGUCAUUGUCAACAACUUCGGCAUGUACUACUCCCUGGCCAUGGCCAAACAAAAGCUGCCCAAAAAGAAGAACAAACAUAUCCCCCGAGCACCACAACCAGGGUCCCCCAACUACUGCAAGCCAGACGCCCUAGCAAUGGCAACCGCAUCACCGCAGAGGAUCUUGGGAAAUGUCUUAGGUGGAGUGAUGGGGUCUGGAGGCAUAGGGGGUGACUGUCCUCUCGCCCAAGAAGAAAUAAUAGAGAUCAACAGAGAUUCCAAGCAGAACGGUGACGCAGCCUCGGCCGCCUUGGCUAACGAGGACUGCCCCACCAUCGACCAGGUGCUGAGCCCAGACGAGAGGAGCCCCAUCGGGCGGGGGCCGACCCGGGAACGCUACCAGCAGGACCGAGCCUGCUUCCUACUGAACACCAGGGAAUUCCGUGCCACAGAUGGGAAUGUGCGGAAAGAGGCUGCAGCCCUGGCACCCAGCCCAGACUCCCCUCUGACUGAGGAUUGGUAUAAGAUGGAAGGGUCUCUGUUACAGCAGGACCUCAAUGCAAACUCCACCUCCUCCUGGAUCAAACCAUAGCCCAGAGUGUUAAGUUUCUAGCAUUCGCCUUCUCUCUAAUGAGGAGUCAGUAACCGGUAAACACAAAUUUGCGGCGGGAGCCACGUAAGCGGACAGGUGUGACACGGAUGGACAGUUUACAGGAGAUCUUUGGGGUGACAAGAGAGACCAGAGGUUAAUCACGAAUUUAAAAAAAAUCACAUGGUCUGCUCCUCACAUUGUUACCAAAGCAGCCUCUCGGAACUCCGACCACACUUUUGACAACUGUCUGACUGACCCUUUUUUCUUUUUCUUUUUUUCUUUUUCUUCCUGACUGAGCAUUGCACUGACACACUUUUUUGGGAGAGAAAAGGACUCCUGAUUUACACAUUCCAGAUGACAUCUCUCUUGACAACAUUGUAUUCGCCAUCUUGUUACGAUGACCAACUUCAGCGCCGUCUGCAGUGCUGAACAACUGAGCAACGAGUUUUCUGGGAAAAAAAAAAAAAAAAAAAACUUCUUGUCUUCAACUGGACUGAAUGAACAAUGUAGCAUCUCUGCUAACAUAUUGUAGCAUUUGUUGGCUGGGAAAUAACUUGACUUCAAUCCGUCAACAGCUCAAAGAGAGAGGAACUUAUGCAUUCAAGGGAUCUUCUAGAUGUCAUUUUUUCCUCUUGGGUUCCUUUCCAGUAGAUGGCGAGUACAUGAGAGACAAAGGAUUGGUCUUCCUCAUUAGAAAAUACUUGACAUUCCCAAAAAAAAAAAGAUGCACAAACCUAUGAGGUCGACCACAAAUGGAUAGUAUUACAACCCCCGUACUAUAGUCCCUCAUUCAAUUCUAGCACUUGUAUACUACGUUUGCCACUGAACCUAUGUCUUCCAUUCACUUCUAUCAGACUGAAACACUGCCCUCCUCACAAGAUAAUCAACAACAGCACUAACUUUGAACAAACGAAGCACAGCAAUGUAGCAUCAGCUCAAACAAGUCGCAUGCGGCGUCACCUGAAACGGUCACAAACGAUGGAAAAAGACUUCCCUUUAUCUCUCAUGUACUGCUGCGGGCUCGACCCGAAAAAUUUCCAUGUGGGAUACCAAAGGUCCUGUAGCAUGCACUUGCUGAAUGACCUUCUGUAGUGUAUUGUAGAUUAGGAGAAAUAUUCCACUGAGGGCGAGGUUUGUACUCGCCCGCAUACUGCCCAUUGUCUUUAAGUCAUUCCUCGAAAAGAACUUUUAAACUGCCGCUAACAUCCCAUCACUAUAUGCACAUUUAAAUAUUUUUUUCCCAUGUCUGACUAGCACAGCGCUCAGUCAUGAGGAGCAAAAAGACUGACUCAAGGAGGCGAAACAAGCCCUAGAACCUCGUCGCUCGAGGGACAUUGACCUGCCUAAAAUAAAAAAAAUAAACACAUCCCAACUACAAGGACUGUUUUUAGGUCACUGCCCAUUACCUGGAAAUUGUCUUAUUUUGAAAGGGACCAAUCAGAUAAGUAUUACCCUGCCCUGUAACACAAAAGGCCGACACUGCCAAUAAGGCACAAGAUAACUCCUCCAGAUACCUACUGCCCCAUCUCUCUCUUGUCCCGCUUGCUGCCAACGACUGCUUCACUGGCAAGUCAACGUCAAGAAAAAGAUGGCCCGUCAGGGGGAGCCCACCGGGGUGUAAACGAGAAGAAACGGACCAAGAAGUAGAGCAAAACGUGGAAGUGUACAAAGAGAACAAAUCUAUAUUUUGAUAAACAAAUCCACAACAUUCUCCAUGACUUUGGAGGAGGAAGUUUUCUGAGCAGGAAAAAGGUUCGGAAUAGCAGGAAGGAGUUAAAAAAAACAAAAAAAGAUGCAAAGGUGAAAAGAAUAUUUGGCAUCAUGAAAUGGAGUCAAAAUGCUAGAAGAAGAUGGAUAUUCUGUCAUCAUGGGAGUGUGCGAACAGCUGCUCGCCCUGAGAGCACUGGAAGAUUUUUUUUUCCUUUUGAAAGACAAUUAGCAAUGAGAGACUCUUGCCUAUAAAGACACGGGGAUGACAAAGGAUGGACGCUGAGAUAAACAAAUGAAGAAAAAAAAGAUAAUGCAUUUUUGUAACUUUGUUUACCAGCAUGACUACUUUGCAUGACUGUCUUUUCUGCAAGCCCUUAGUUGAAGACAAGGGUGCUAGAGAUACAAAAAAGUAUAUAUAAAAUGAAUUAAAAAAAUGUUAUAUGCAAUUAAUGUUUUAAAAAAAGAUUAUAAUGAAAGAGAAGAGCUAUAUUUUGUUUUGAAAAGUAAAAAAAAAAUGUGAAUAUUGAAACAUGUAUGUUUGCAAAGUACACCCUGAACUAUGUUUUGUUCGAUGAAAUCUCUCUGCUACUACUGCCCUUACAUCCCUCAUUUCCAGUGUUUUUGACCUCUGUCAUCCUUUUUUUAUUUCCUAACGAGUCGAUCAAUCGAUGUUUUUUUUAACUCUUGAAUCCACAGCGAUCAUUCAAGACUUUGCCUAUAGCAUCUGCGCAAAGGAUGUUUGUCGUUACGUCCACGUUUUCCUCCUUGAAAUCAUUUGCACAACUUCCGUAGCAGCAGCAGCAGCAGCAACAGCAGCAGCAGCAGCAGCAGUUCGUAAACAACAGCUCUCCAUACCACAACUUGACAGCUUGAUUAGCACUCAUAGUUUUGCUUUUUUUUUCCUUUGGCAAUAAUACAAGAGUUGUCACAUGAUUGUAGCAGGUCAAACGGAGAACCUCGAGUCCCUUCGAGCGUCUUCAAAAGCCUCAGUGUUUAAAAGAGAUUCAUAAAAAAGGCCUUGGAUGAUCCCAUGGCAGGAUUUUGAAGGCAGUUCUGUUCCACUACAAGUGUCCAAUAAGACUAGGAGAGCUAUAUUAGUGAAGAGAGAUUUCAGGUUUGCAUGGAACCAACUGCCAUUCCAAAGUCUGUGUGUGGUUUUAAGGACUCAGGUGUGUCGAUGGUGUGUGUGGAUGUAGGUGUUUUUUGCUAUUUCCUUUCUAACAUAAUACAUUUUAGUAUAUAGACGAUACGAUAAUGUGAACACCUCACAGUGAUGUUUAAAAAACGCAUGCGUUAUGACUUGAUAAUCUCUCAAUGGAGGGGGAAACAGAGUCUUGACAUAUCCCCUUUAGCCUCCUGUCAUUGUUUGUCAUGAAUCCAGUCCUGAUAACUUUAAACACUGUGCCGUGUCGUAGAGCAGAAACGUCUUCCUCCGAGAGGCAACCGAAAGCUACUCGCACUCGCAGUGUCAGCAUGAGUGUGUAGAGGUGGUUCGUCUUCGUUUAGUUUUUUUGUUUUUCUUAAGAUGGUCAGGUCUUUUUCGUUUAACCCUCAUCCAGCCGGCUAGUUGGCAGCUCAUUUUACAGCACACGACACAAGUCACGUGAGCACCAAUCAAAGAGACCCAGAGCUUCCAAAAUGAUGUCAGAAAAGGUAGAAAGACAGGAUGAAGAAGUACCAGUGUCCACCAAGGGGAGGGAGAUAAUAAUCGAAUAAUAAAACGUGAAAGAAUCUCAAGAGUUGAGUGCUCAUCCUUGGUUCCAAAUGAGUUUCAGGCCCUGCUGGUCCAGGGCUCAGCUCAGGCAGCUGAAUGGUCCUCCGUCCAUUCCUCGUUCAUCGCAGUGGGAGGCUCGCCAGAAUAAGAGGCUCUUCGGUGUGACGUAGACCGAUUCUGCUGAGUCUACGCUGGUUUUACAGGGUCUAGAACUUUUGUCUAAUCGCAAAAAACGGUCCAUGGGAUUUCGUUUUUUAGUCCCGUAUCUUUUUUAAAAACCCAACAAUUUCAGUUCCCGUUUUGGAAGGCAUUAAGCUACUGCGGCUUCUGAUGGUCAAAAGAUGUUUAUGAAUAUUUCAGAGGUUCUAGCGAUGGGGUGCACACUUGCAAAAACUUUGUGCUUCACCCAGCUGUCUGUGUUUUUUUCAUGGCCAAGUAGUGUCUUUUUUUUUCCCUUUCUUUCUUUCUUUCUUUCACUGUUGCGUUUGCUUCAUUCUCUACAUUGUGACUGCUCUGCCAAUGCCAGGCUGAAAAAAAAAAAAGAUGUCUUUCCUUUUUUCCAAUGCAUAAUACUGCCAUUUGAUUUAGACACGUUGAACAGAAUGAGUUACAAUGUCGAGAGUGCUAAGUCUGUUUUAUUUUUCUCAAGUCUGCAAUCUGUUCUAAAAUGUCAAACAAUUUCAUGUACAAACACUCACACAACCAAAAGAACAAAAAAUGCUUUACAUAAGUAGGUGCCACUAAUGACUACUAUGUGCAGAUGUUUGGACGGUGUCAUGUGGUCCUUGGAUGACACAUCCUCAAUGGCAUCCUGUUUAUUUUCCUUACAUGCCUAUUUCUGUUCAAUAUGUUUUUUUAUUGUUCUUAAAAAAUUGAGGACACUGUAUGCAAUCCGCACCACGAAUGCCACUGAUCGACACUUACUGUAUUCUCCCUGAGACACAGAUGUUCUGUCAUCAGUUCAGAUGAUUGCAACCACAUGUGUAGUGGCUUUAUGGCUUUCCAUAGAGUGACCGAGCAAUCACAUUAAUCUAAAAAAAAAAGACAGAAAAGAUUUUAUUUUACAAAUUGAUGAGACCAGAGUUGUUUUAGAGGAAAUGUUAACAUGCUGAAUAGAUUUUUCUAACAUAUUAAUAUAUUAUUUUAAUUAGAAAUAACGCGAUAAGCAACACAAAAGUCACACUGAUAUACAUACAUGUAGUAUUACUUACUGACGCCAUGCAUCCACGUAGACAUCCCAAAGAUAAACAGCCCUAUGUUCAUUUAACAUGCUAUCAAAUUGUAUAAAACAGACUUAAGUACUAGUCCAUUGUACUGCGGUCUUAGUAGGAGAGUGAAUGGGGAGAGGAGGUGGCCACUGGAGUAUCUGGUUGUGACUUAUGCCGGAUUUUAUUUUUGAAAUGUUGGAACACAAAGAACAAACUCAUCAAGAACUGUAUAAAGUAUAUUUCAAUGGAAUGUUCAUGAUCUAUCUUUUUAUAUUUUGAAGAAAAAAUAGAAACAUAUCAAUAAAGUGUCAUAAUUGAACAUAUUUCUACUAUUGAGACUUAAAAAUGUAUGAAUGUCAAUGCGAUCUAAUGUGAAACCAAUCUCCAUAGCAGCUUGAAUGAAUAACUGAUUAACAAAUCAUGAGAUGCUUUUUCAGAGACAUUAAAAAUUGCUUAAAAUCAUUAAAAUCAACUUAAAAUAAAUGAAAAAGUAACAUCAA